CUAAUAUUUCCAUCUCCUUAUCACGACUCUGUGUUUGGAGCCUUGGAGCCCCCACUUGGCAUUCAUAGGGUAUUUGGGCCUCAGCAAAGACACAGAGGUUCCCAAGAGUUCAGAGCAGGCACCUGGACAGGAACAGGUCCGCAGAAUAGUACAGGGAUCCAGGGUGGGAGGCCAGGCCUGGUGUGGGGUGUCUGCCAGCCCGUAGUUCCUGAUGUGAUUUUAUCAAAGCUCCAGUUCCGCCAGAGGGGAGAGUAUCUGUUUAGGAAUAUUUCUGCCACAUGACAAAGUGCAAUUUAAAAUCUGGCUUCUCUUUUCCUGAGUUUAGACCCAAACUUCUCCUGAGGUGGGAAAGUGGAGGCAGAGGACCUCAAACUGGAAGAGGUGCCUGCCCCAGCGGGUCGCUUCCCAGCCGUGACGACAAGUGGCCAGCAGGUGUCAGUGCGCCCUCGUUCUGUCGCUGCGCGGGGCUUCGGCUUCCAGGACCCCUCCUCACCGCAGCCACAAAGGGGCGGGGUGGGGCUUCGGUCCAGACCCCAGGCCUCUGGGAUCCGGCAGAGGGCUCCACGGCCUGGAGGACAUGUGAUCGAUUCCUCCCCAAAAGAAGUCUGAACUCUGGUCAGACUCACUGCUCUGAUGGUACUGCACAUUCUGCCCUAGGGGUUCAACCCGAACCCCCACCUUCCUCCUCCGCUAGGAUCACUGGGUCGGGUAGAAAUUGAGGUGCUCCGGAUGCGACCCCAACUGGAGGCUGCUUCUCUGGAAGCCCUCCAGGGGUUCCCCUUUCCUUUCUGCCCAGGACCCAGCUGGCGGAGCAUUGCGCUUGGUCCUCUCUGCUGUCUGGCGCGCCGACCAGGAGCUGCACCGCCAACUCCUAGCAUAGGCCGCACCCCCACACCCAGAAUCUCUCUUUAAUCCCCUUUCUCUGGGUACUCGACUCUCCAAAAGGCCGGUCCAGCCUGGGGGGCAGCACUCCCUGGGGUUCGGCACUGGGCGCGGGUGCUAGACCCGCGGAGGGGAGGCGCGAGCUGCGGAGGAGGGUCGGCUUCCCACGUGGGGGCUGACGCCGGCUGCUCGGCAACGCCGACUUGAUCCCAGGGCUAUAAAACGAGUCCACCGUAGCGCCGCGGAGCAGCAGAGGCUCCGGCUCUGGUGCAGAAGCCCAACGAUCUGCACGCCGCCGGCCGGCCACCCUAGCACCUUCUUCCCCCACUCCUGCUCCAACUCACUCGGUCCUCCGACCCCGGUCCGCCCUGCUGCGCUCGGCUGCUACCGAACCGACGCCCAGAAGACACACUGCCUCGGCCGCAGCUCCGAGAGGGCCGAUCGCUCCCGUAGCCCGGCCCGCCUGAGGACCGGGGUGACUUCAUGCGGCCCCCACACUCCUCACCCCGCCGCCGCCUCCGCCGAGCUCCACGCGCAGCGCCCUGGCCCCAGCAGGGCGCACAACUUUGGAAGUCCCGCGGCGCUCGCAGAGGCGGCGGAGUCCGCGACCCGGACCCUGGGCGGGCCCAACGCGCACCGCCUCUUCUGGAAGAAGCGAGGGAGUCCGUAACCGCUUUAGGAGUAUAAGAAGACAAGCUUAAGACCCCGAGCCCACGUCUACACCUCCUGGCUGUCUCCCGGGAUUGGGGGCGGCCCCUGUGCACGAGACAAAACUUGCCUGUGUGGAGGAGCUCGGAGCUCAGAAGCGCCCCCCACCCCCAACGUCUGCAGCAGCGGGAGGCCAGCACGAUUCGCGGGAACCAGGCCCAUGGGUCACUAGCGCCUCCCCAGCUCGGGCCGGCCUCCCAGCGACUCUCUCCCUAUGCGAGGCGCGGCGGGGUGAACGGGGCUCCGGAGGACGAGGAGGACCCACGGGCGCCGGGUGGGGAGGCGGCCGGCAGCAGGCCCGGUGAGCGGGCGCCGCGUUCAUGUUCCGCCAGGAGCAGCCGCUGGCCGAGGGCAGCUUUGCGCCCAUGGGCUCCCUCCAGCCAGACUCCGGCAACGCGAGCUGGAAUGGGACCGAGGCGCCGGGAGGCGGCACCCGGGCCACCCCUUACUCCCUGCAGGUGACGGUGACGCUGGUGUGCCUGGUCGGCCUGCUCAUACUGCUCACCGUGUUCGGCAACGUACUGGUCAUCAUCGCGGUGUUCACCAGCCGCGCGCUCAAGGCGCCCCAGAACCUCUUCCUGGUGUCUCUGGCCUCGGCAGACAUUCUGGUGGCCACGCUCGUCAUCCCCUUCUCCUUGGCCAACGAGGUCAUGGGCUACUGGUACUUUGGUAAGGCGUGGUGCGAGAUCUACCUGGCGCUCGACGUGCUCUUCUGCACGUCGUCCAUCGUGCACCUGUGCGCUAUCAGCCUGGACCGCUACUGGUCCAUCACGCAGGCCAUUGAGUACAACCUGAAGCGCACUCCGCGCCGCAUCAAGGCCAUCAUCGUCACCGUGUGGGUCAUCUCGGCCGUCAUCUCCUUCCCGCCGCUCAUCUCCUUUGAGAAGGCCGGCGGCGGCGGGCAGCAGCCUGCGGAGCCGCGCUGCGAGAUCAACGACCAGAAGUGGUACGUCAUCUCCUCCAGCAUCGGCUCCUUCUUCGCGCCCUGCCUCAUCAUGAUCCUGGUGUACGUGCGCAUUUACCAAAUAGCCAAGCGCCGCACCCGCGUGCCACCCAGCCGCCGAGGUCCGGACGCCCACGCCGCCGCGCCGCCGGGGGGCGCCGAGCGCCGGCCCAAUGGCCUGGGCCUGGAGCGCGGCGUAGGCCCGGGGGGCGCCGAGGCCGAACCUCUGCCCACUCAGGUCAAUGGCGCGCCCGGGGAGCCCGCGCCGGCCGGGCCGCGCGACGCAGACGCGCUGGACCUGGAGGAGAGCUCGUCGUCGGAGCACGCAGAGCGGCCCCCGGGGGCCCGCAGACCCGAGCGCGGCCUCCGGGCCAAGAGCAAGGCGCGCGCGAGCCAGGUGAAGCCCGGCGACAGUCUGCCCCGCCGCGCGCCGGGGGCGGCGGGGUCCGGGACUUCGGGGUCCGGGCCGGGGGAGGAGCGUGGCGGGGGCGCUAAGGCGUCGCGUUGGCGCGGGCGGCAGAACCGUGAGAAGCGCUUCACGUUCGUGCUGGCCGUGGUCAUCGGGGUGUUCGUGGUGUGCUGGUUCCCUUUCUUCUUCACCUACACGCUCACGGCCGUGGGCUGCUCGGUGCCGCGCACGCUCUUCAAGUUCUUCUUCUGGUUUGGCUACUGCAACAGCUCCCUGAACCCGGUCAUCUACACCAUCUUCAACCACGACUUCCGCCGCGCCUUCAAGAAGAUCCUCUGCCGCGGGGACAGAAAGCGGAUCGUGUGACGGGGCCGCAGGAUCCUGCUUACAGGCUGGCGCAGACUACAGGCCAGGGGCUUGGAGGGCAGAGUCUCCCAGCAGCCCCAAACUCUGCGGCUGCCUAGGACCUACCUUCCUGCUUCGUGUUUCCCGGCCUGAAGGGUGCUCCGCGGCCUCCUGCAGGCAUCUCCUGUUGCGCACGGGGAAAGUUCUGACUAGGAGGCCACAUACACACCCUCCCCUACUUGUUGUUAUGGCUGUUCCUGAGCCGGAUAGAUUUUCCUGGUGGGCCGCCCCUAAUCAGUAUUGUUUUCUAAAGGUGUUUUCAUUCAUUCCCCCAGCACAGCUCUCCCAGGUCUUCAGAGAAAACGCAGGACUCCAGAGCGGGUGGCUCACAAAGGGAAAACCAGAAGGGGACACUCAGCUCUGACUAAUUGCUCUCCCCCACCCCAAACUCUCUAAUUUUAAAAUUCACACUCAGGGGAGCCCCUGCUCGCCCUCUCAAUGCACACUGUUUUUUGAUAGUAAACCUGGGGGCCCCGGUGUCUUGUGGCCUUGGGUUGGAAUCAGGCUGAGGGGUGCCCUCCAGGCAGACCCAGCAUCUGAUCCAGGUCAAGCCCCUUUGCAAUGCAAGCUCUGUUCUAGUGUUAUUAUGUCUCUGUGUGUCUUUUUUUUUUUUGUUUUAAUCAGCAACUGGUUACUGUCCCUGGGAUGUGGACCUGCUUUGGGAUUUCCUGGCAGGGAAAAGAUUUCUGUCCUUUUUCUCCCCCUGUGCCUACCAGCGUAAUUGCCUUUUCUUAUGUAAAUAUUGCAGUGAUGGACCAAGACAGAAGUAAAUGGACCUUUCCGCCUUGCAUCAGCCCUGUGUAUAAAGCCAUUAUCCUCUGAGGCCCCUGUUGGCCUCAGUAACUCACUUUAAGUCUGGCACUUUCCGGUGGCCUCUCCCUCUAUCCCUUGGGGCUGCUGCUUGAAGAAGAAUCUGUAUGUUUCUAUCUUGUAUGUAUGUGCGCCCACCCCUCCCUAAAGCGCUGACUGAGGGGAAAUCUUUUAGCUGCUGUUUUUAGACACAGAGGUGUGGAAGUAAUGUGGAAGGAGCGAAGCUGAUGCAGUUUGCCCAAGGUAAACCAGUUGGAAAAGACAAAUGGGCCUGCCAAACCGUGCAGCUCCUGCCCCAAGAGCUCUUAUGUAUCAAAGUAUUGCCCUUCCCCCUGCUUUUCUGGCUGGGAUCAUGUCACUGAUGAACGGCCGAAGGCAGAGGAGGAGGCAGAGACCUCGUGUUUACAACCUGGUUUCUACAUGUUUCAGAGACAGUUGAAGGCCUGUGCUCUUACUUCACUAAAGAAAAACUAAUGUCAGCACAUGUUGCUAAUGACAGUGGGUUUUUUUUUAAAUAAAAAGUUUACAGAUCAAAUGUGAAAUAAAUAUGAAUGAAGUGUU